AUGUUGUUUGCUGACCUACUGGCCAUCAUUGGAGGAAUGACUGUGACUUUCUACCUUCUGAAAAUCACUUGGAGAUGUUGGUGUGGAUUUAGAGAGUUUGUUUUAUCAUCAAAAUGGCAAGUGGACUUGAGAACAUACGGACAAUGGGCAGUUGUCACCGGUGCCACAUCUGGUAUUGGUAAAGCUUAUGCCACUGAGCUGGCACGAAGAGGCCUGGAUAUUGUUUUAAUAAGCAGAUGUGAUAACAAGCUUCAAACUGUUGCCAGAGAAAUCGAGGGUGUGUAUGGAAGAAAGACUCAGACCAUCCCAGUGGACUUCACACAUGGCUACAGUAUCUACCCUGCCAUAGCCAAGGAACUACAAGGCCUGCAGAUUGGAAUUCUGGUUAACAAUGUGGGAAUGACCAGUACUGACUGUUUUGCCUAUUUCCUGGAAAUACCGGAUGCUGAACAGAAAAUCACUCAAGUGAUCAACUGUAACAUACUGUCAGUCCCUCAGAUGACCAGACUGGUUCUCCCAGACAUGGUUAAAAGAGGAAAGGGGCUGAUCAUCAACAUCUCGUCUAUGACAGGUGUCCAUCCACAGCCUUUGUUGACGCUUUACUCUGCCUCCAAGACUUUCGUAACAUACUUCUCUCAGUGUCUCCAUGCAGAGUACAAGUCAAAGGGAAUUACUGUCCAGUGUGUGGCUCCCUUCCUGGUGUCCACCAACAUGACAAAAAAUGUGAAAGUGAACAGCUUCAUGAAGAGCGCUACAGCGUUUGCUCGUGAGGCUUUGAACACCGUGGGUCACUCCAGCUGCACCACUGGCUGUCUAUCACACGCAGUCCAGAAUGCGCUUCUUACAAUGCUCUUGCCGGACUGUCUUCGGAUGUCGACAUUCCUCAUUAGGAAACUACGAAGCUCAGGCAAGAAAAACGAUUGGACCGGUGAAAACAGGGAGUAGUCAUGUGACUCCAUCUGCACUGAUAUUGAGGUUGUUUUUUUUCUGCAGGAGAAAAUUAUCACUCAAAUAUUACUGAAUUACUUCAACUCUAUGGUGAAUAAAACCCAUUCACGACUGUUUUAACUCUUA